UCAGCAACUGCAUAGCGCAGCGAACCAAAGCCGUAACUUUGUACGAAACUUCUAAGUUGUAUCUCAGAGGAAGAUAACUGGAUAAACGCAACUUUGCUGAGACGGCAAACAGCUCUUUGGAAGCUGAAUAAUUGGGCUCCGACCGCUCGCAAUUUUACUGCCACAGAUUCAUCCACAGAAAGGAAAGAGGAGAAAAUGCUGCUUAGUAUUUUGAUCAUGACGUCCAGCGGUUGAGGAGGGAAAGAAAGGGCUGGGCUGGACGGGAGAGGAGAGCAGGCCUAUCCCCAGUGAGAGCUCACCAUGCAGGCCUGAGCCCUGAACAGUUACCACCCUCAAGUUUGGAGGCAAUAGAAACAGCUCAUCGUUCCUCUAUCUCAUCUGUGUCCCUUCAUCUUCCCAUCCCCUCUCUCUCUCUGUUACCCCACCUCCCUCCAUCUCUAAGGGCAAGCUGUUCUACUGCCCCAUUCUCCUGCCCUUUGCCCCGUUUACCCCGUGACGUCUCAUGACCUCUCCCAGAGGUCAGUGCAGACCCUCCUCUCACCUGUAGAGAUGCCCCCCAACCCCUCUAUGAGCUCUGAGGCCUGGUAGAGGGGGGGGGCGCAACAGAAUGACCAGUGUUAAGCGUCCCCCUGCCGAUCACACGGUCGGGGGGUCCAUCCCAGCCACGGACGAGUUCUACACCCGGCACAUGCGCAUGGCCAAUGGGAACGCGGCGGCGCAUGCGUCGCGGUCUGAAGGCUCCGCAUACUCCUCUUCGGGGGUGCCCAAAAUGGGGGUGCGUGCCCGGGUCGCCGAGUGGCCCCCCAGGAAAGAGGUCGGAGGGGGCACGCGGCACCUUGCUGCGGAAAUGGACCCCCCCGGCCUCUCGGGCGGCGGCGGGGGGGGAGGAGGAGGAGGAGGCGUGGGUAUCGUGAAGACGAGCGCCGUCAUGACCAAUCAGGACGCGGCGAUGCUGCGCAGCAUCCACAACACGCUGCGGAGCCGCGCUCAGGCACAGGCGCAGGGCCGCAGUCCGGUGGGGCGCUCGGACUCCCCCGACACUCGCUUCCUGUCCGCGCAGCGGGGCGCGACGCGCCGCAUCCGCCAGCGUAGCAACAGCGACGUGACGCUCAGCGAGCUGGACGCCGGCGGAGAGAGUGGCGAUGACUGGGGCUCACCGGCAACGCCGGGGGCCAAGUGGUCGCCUGUGCACCGCGUCUACGGCAGCACGUCAUCCAUCGACCAGCACCCCGGGGACAGCAUCCUGGAGCUGCUCAAGGGCCUCCAGAGCGAAGCGUCCGGCGAGCAACGCAGCCCAGCGGCCGAGCGACUGGAGGAGCUGCUCAACGCCGCCGACCAGCAGGGCCUGACCGAGCUGACCGACGACGCGGCGGCUCAGCAGCAGCCCAGCCGCGCACGCGACAAACCUCCCAAGCGCCGCUCCAAGUCCGAGACGGGCGGCGAGUCCAUCUUCCGCAAGCUGCGAGGCGUCCGUGGCGACGUGGACUCUCCGCGGGCCAGCUCGGACGCAGAGGACGGGCGAGGGUCCGAGGACUGCGGCCUCCCCGUCGGCUCGGGUCUGCCCCUCAAGCCCUGGGUCUGCCAGAGGGGCUUCACGCACUACGACGUGCAGAGCAUCGUCUUCGACCUCAACGAGGUCAUCCAGAGCCGGCAGACGGCCGCCGCGCGCCGCAAGAACACCACCACGGGCGCCUCAGCCGCCGCCGUCGCCGCCUCCUCCGCCUCCGCCUCCUCCACCCUCUCCUCCACGCACAGCCUGCCCUACAGCUCCCCUAGUGGCAGCCAGGAGGAACUGAGUGGACGCGACGACCCCGCCGAGACCCAGAGCAACGAGCUGGUGCUGGGCUGCCCGUUCUUCCGCACCGAGACCGGAGGGGACGGCAGGGAGCAGGACGAGCCAGCGCCCGUGGAGACGGGCACGUACGAGUCACCUUUGACCCCUUACUGCAUGAACGCCGGCGUGGCGGUUCUGGAGGGCCAGAAAGACGGACCCAACGCCCUCAACGACCGGAACAAGCAGUACAUCAUAGAACACGUGGACCUGGGGGCGUACUACUACAGGAAGUACUUCUACUUGAGAGACCACUGGAACUACUUUGGGCUGGACGAAGCGUUGGGGCCAGUGGCCUUGAGCGUCCGUCGGGAGAAGCUGGACGACCAUAAGGACCACGGCCCUCAGUACAACUACAGGGUCAUCUUUCGCACCAGCGAGUUGACCACGCUGCGAGGCUCCAUCCUGGAGGACGCGGUUCCGUCCAGCGCGAAGCACGGCACGACGCGGGGGCUGCCCCUCAAGGAGGUGCUGGAGCACCUGGUGCCUGAGCUGGACGUGCCGUGCCUCCGACUCGCCCUCAACACACCCAAGGUCACCGAGCAGCUCAUGAAGCUCGACGAGCAAGGGCUGAGUUUCCAGGUGAAGGUGGGGAUGAUGUACUGCCGGGCGGGUCAGAGCACAGAGGAGGAGAUGUACAACAACGAGACGGCCGGCCCCGCCUUCGACGACUUCCUGCAGCUGCUGGGGGAGAAAGUCCGACUCAAGGGCUUCACCAAGUACCGGGCUCAACUGGAUACUAAGACGGAUUCCACGGGGACGCACUCCCUCUACACGUCGUACAAGGACUACGAGAUCAUGUUCCAUGUGUCCACUAUGCUCCCGUACACGCCCAACAACAAGCAACAGCUACUCAGGAAGAGGCACAUUGGGAACGACAUCGUCACCAUCGUCUUCCAGGAGCCCGGAGCUCUGCCGUUCACGCCCAAGAACAUCCGCUCACACUUCCAGCACGUCUUCAUCAUCGUUCAGGUGCACAACCCCUGCUGUGACGACACCUGUUACAGCGUGGCCGUCACCCGCUCCCGUGACGUCCCAUCGUUCGGACCGCCGGUUCCGCGGGGUGUGACCUUCCCCAAGUCCACCGUCUUCCGGGACUUCCUGCUGGCCAAGGUGGUCAACGCCGAGAACGCCGCGCACAAGUCGGACAAGUUCCGCGCCAUGGCGACGCGCACGCGGCAGGAGUACCUGCGCGACCUGGCCGAGCGCCACGUGACGGCCACGCCUGUGGAACCCGCCGGAAAGUUCCCCUUCAUCUCGCUGGCGCACCGCAAGCGCGAGCGGAGCCGGCCCUACAGCGGCGCGGAGCUGCGUGGACCGGGCGCCCUCACCUGGCUCGUCCACGCCGAGGACCAGACGGCCGGCGCCGAGCGGGAGUGCGUGCUGGCCGUGUCCAGCGAGCUCCUGCUGCUGCUGGACCGGCAGGCCAAGGCCGUGGUGUUCAGCUGCGCCGUGCGCGACGUGAUUGGCUGGUCGUUGGGGAGCCCCGCCUCCAUGAAGAUCUUCUACGAACGGGGUGAGAGCGUGUCGCUGCGGUCCAUCAACAACAACACAGAGGACUUUGGAGAGGUCGUCAAGCGCCUGGAGCUCCUGUCUAAGGGCUGCCAGACUACGGAGAUGACACUGCGGCGGAACGCUCUGGGCCAGCUGGGUUUCCACGUCAACUUCGAGGGCAUCGUGGCGGAGGUGGAGCCGUACGGCUACGCGUGGCAGGCGGGGCUCCGGCAGGGCAGCCGAUUGGUGGAGAUCUGCAAGGUGUCGGUGGCGUCGCUCACCCACGAGCAGAUGAUCGACCUGCUGCGGACAUCUGUCACCGUGAAGGUGGUCAUCAUCCCGCCCCACGAGGACUCCACCCCACGCAGAGGCUGCUCAGAGAUGUACCACAUGCCGCUGGUGGACUACAAAAACCAUAAGGAGGGCAUGCCAUAUGAGCUGAAGUUCCCCUUCCGCAGCAACAACAACAACAAGUGGCCGCGCUCGUCAGGCAGUCCGCAGCAGACGGUGGGCUCGUCGGCCCAAAGCCGUGGCACGGGCAUGGGGGGCACGCUCAUCAAGGCGCCCGCAGCCGAGUACUCCGACCGCAGCGGGGUCAUUCCACGCAGCGUGUCCAGCGACGGACGACCCCUGAACCCCAAAAGGUCAGCAGGGAGGUACUCUCCAGGGUCUGAUAACUACGCGUUGGCAUGCUCUAUAGUGAUGGGCCGCUCUCCACACAUGCGCAACUCCCCCAGCGGCGCCCCCUACGGUAGCGAUGCCAACACUGCAGGCGCUUCCCACUGGAGACAGAAGUCAAUGCCUGAGGGGUUCAACGCUAACAGGAACUCUCCACUGGUAUCAGAGCGGCAGAACCUGAACGAGGUGGUUAACGGGGUGAAGGUCACACCCUGCUGGCCAAGGGUGGUGGACGGGGAGGCACCCCGCGGAACCGAAAGAACCCCAACAGAACCACCUACCACAAAGCCCAAACCAGCCAUCAGCACCGCAGAACAGCUAGAGGGAGGCUCAACCCACUCUCCCUGCAAGAGCUCCAAGACGGAGCCUCCUUACUCCAGCCAAUCAAGCAGCAACACCCUCUCAAGCACCGCCUCUAGCUCCACCCACAGCGACGAGAAGUGGUACGAGAUUGGCUGUCGCUCGGGGGCGGGCUCUCGUCCUGACUCGGAGCUCAACGGCUUCGCGGGGGCUGGCAGUGGCAGUGGCUACCUCCAAGGGGCGUCGACGGACAGCGGGUAUCGACCACCCUCCUACGGGGCGACCCUGACCAGUAAUGCGCCGCUGAUCCUACCCCCGCGGGCCAAGGAGAAGACCCCCUCUGCCUCCGCCUCGUGUGCCUGGAGCGAGGCCUCGUCGCCGGGCAAGGCGGGCAUCCGAUGUCCCCUCUCCCCCCGCAGAGGCGUCCUCCAUCAGCCCUGUGGACAGCCCCGAGGAACCGGCCAAGAGCCCCAACAACUACCCCCCUGCCCCGACGCCAGCGCCUACCCCCGCAGCGAUGCAGCCUCGCACUCCAGCACCCUGAGUUCGGGUCACUCUGGCAGCCCCCUGGGCUCCGGCGCGGAGGAGUCCGCGCGCCCCACCUCGCCCCCCUCCCACACCUCGCUCUCCCCCGGGCCCAAGAGCUUCUACCCCCGCCAUGGAGCCACCAGCAAGUACCUCAUCGGCUGGAGGAAACCCGGCAGCACCAUCAACCCUGUGGACUUUGGCAACACGCGCAAGCGUCACCAGAGUGAGGGGCAGCUGAUUGGUCAGCCACAGCUGAGGGCCACCAUGCGGGUGACUCACUCCCCGCAGCACAUCCCUAAGUCCAGCAUCGAGGAGGACCUGAAGAAGCUCAUCACCUUGGACAGCCCACCGCCCGUCACUCAGGAGUUCAAGCCCUCCUUCUCCAGUGCUGCCCCGGCGCGUCGUUCUCUUCAGCGGACACUGUCGGACGAGAGCAUCUACAGUGGGCAGCGUGACCCCGUGACCUCUGUGCCCGCCGACGGCCUGUUCAGCUGCUCCACCAUGCCCCGCUCGCCCACUGCCCGCCACGCUCCGCAACGCCAGCCCUCCUACAACCAGGGAGCCAAGUCCCUCGGUGACCUGACGUCUCAGGAGGCGUGUGUGUUUGAGGCGGACCUGCGCCGGCCUCUCCCCGAUCCCCCCCUCAUGCCACUGCCGGACGCCAGUGCUGACCGGGGCCUCGACUGGUCUGACCUGGUGGACGCCGCCAAGGCCUUCGAAGCUCAGAGAGCCAACUUCCUGUCUGUCCAAGAUGGCAGUGCCAGCUGCCAGCAGGCCGAGCCCCAGACUGCCCCACCGCGCCACCCCUCACCUGGUGAUGUGCCAGCCUGUCUCCUGGGGAAGGUCAGUCAGCUGGAGUCGAUGGUCAAGCUGUUGCAAGAGGACCUGAAGAAGGAGAAGGAUGCCAAGGUGUCUCUGCAGGCUCAGAUCCAGACUCUCCGGGACGACAACCAGCGGCUGCAGGAGGAGUCUCUGAAUGCCUCGGCCAAGCUCAAGAAGUUCACCGAGUGGGUCUUCAACACCAUCGACAUGAACUGAGACUGCAGGAGUCCGCCUCGCUCUCUGCUCUGCUCUUGCCGCCUCAGACACACACACACUCACACACACACACACACACACACACACACACACACACACACGCGCGCGCACACACACGCAUACGUAAGGGACAAAUGCUGUCAAACAGACCCAGAGACCGGAAGCUGUCGAACACACCAGAGACCAGACCAGAUGCUGUCAAACUCAAACAAUGCAACUUAUCACCGGAGACUCUUCCACACUGCUGAGAGAGCUGUCCAGGAGGAAUCACUCACAGACACAGACACCAACCAAAUCAGUCAAUGAAUCACACAGCACAAACGGAGUCACUUUGAGUCAUUCUUAACCUGUGUGAAUCACACAGUAAGAACUGAGUCUGAACCAAUAUGAGUCACACAAUACAUACAGAGUCAUUUCUAGCGAUUUUGAUGUAGUAAGAAUCACACAAUACAAAAUGAGUUGCUUCCAGCGAUUCUGAAUAGAUAUGAAUCACACAGUACAAACUGAGUCGUUUCCAGCGAUUCUGAACCAGUAUGAAUCCCACAGUAUGAACUGAGUCGUUUCCAGCCAUUCUGAACCAGUAUGAAUCCCACAGUACAAACUGAGUCGUUUCCAGCGAUUCUGAACCAGUAUGAAUCCCACAGUACAAACUGAGUCGUUUCCAGCGAUUCUGAACCAGUAUGAAUCCCACAGUAUGAACUGAGUUGCGUUGAGUCUCGGUGAACUGCAUGCAGUCCCUCUCUCUCCGCUUCCCCGUGCAUGCUGUGACGUGACGAAGCCUUCCUCCACACACACACACACACACACACACACACAAGCCUCCGCCACCCCUCUGUGUGCGAGUGUUCAGUGUGUGACAUCCUGAUGAGGAAAGACAAUCAAUUGCGUUAGGCUUCAAUCAAAACCCUGUGAGACCCUUGUGUCUGUGUGUUUGUAUAGAUUCAUUUUACUCACUCAGAGUCUGUCUCUGUGUGUAUGUGUGUGGGUGCGUGCAUGCGUGCGUGUGUUCACGUGUGUUUUAAUGGGUUCCUUAAUUUGUCAGACCUGUCAGUCAUCUCAAGUGAAACAUUGUUGCAGUUUUCCUCUGCACGGCAACCACGAUGGAAACCGUGAUGUUAUUACAGUGACCGAUGUUUUUGUUCUAAAUGUAAUGAUAUGGGUGACUAAAGAGACCCCGAGCAUCAUUGGAUGGCAUCUCAAUUUUACCCUUGCAAGGUACAAACUGGAAGACUUAACUGGAGCUUAAAAAGACUUCCCUUGAAGCUCUCUCCUCAUUUUAGUGUUAAUGACCAUAAGAAGAAUGUAGACAAAAUACAUUCAGUUUAUUAAAUUAUAAUCAGAAAUGCUUGGUCAUCACAUGAAUAUGGAAAGUAUAUUGUAUGUAAAAAAAAAAGAAUAUAUGUAUAGCAAUGAUGUGUAAACAUUUAUUUUAAUGCCAUAAAGACACAUAGGUUAGACCUCAGAAGCUAUCUAUUGAUUAUCUAACCAGUUGCUUUUUAAUGCGAAGUUUUACAUUUUUAUUCAGCAAAAAAUGUCACAUUGUGACAUUGACUGGAAUUGACAUAGUUUAGUACGUGAGAGGUGUAUGCUUAGCUGAGAUGACUGGGUGGAUGAGCUCAUGGCUGUGGCAUGAACUAAGUGCUGAUAGCCAUGGGCCAUCCCCAAGUUGAGGUUUGUGCUGGCGGCUGCAUCCUUUCCUGCUGUGAUGGGGUGUGAACAGUGCCAUCUAGUGGUCGAGAAAGUAUGUGCAAUUUCUUUUUAUAAUACAAAACUCCACUCUGAGUACUCUGUGUAUAUUCUCCAGACCUGUGUGAACCCUGAGGACAGGCUCUUCCCAUUAAAACCUACCUUUUUCCUUA